ACCACCAUCUAGUUAAUGCACCAGAGGCCAAGAGGGCUCGUUUCAGAGGAGGCUGGAGAGGUGCCAGCAGAGCCACCUUGUUCGCCGGCUUCCAGGCACCAUGGCCGGGGCACCUCUGCUACCUGGAGCUGGGGGGUCUUUGUCUGAUGGCCUGCUCCAGCCCCUCCAUCACCAGCCUCCCAGCUGCCUGGGUGUGCCGGGGUAAAGAGAGGAGACUGGCCUUGCUGCAGGAGGGAGGUGGUCCCUGUCAUCCUUCCAGCCCCGGCAGAAGCAGCAAGACCGUUCCCUCGGGGGUUCCGGAGACCCGUUUUAGAAGUGUGGGGAAGGGCGAAGGCAGAGCACUCUGUCCGGGAGGUCACCUGCACGUCCGGGACCUUCUCCUGGUUCUUCACUUUUUCUUUCUUGGCAGGAGACCCUUUGCUCAGCCUGCAGAGAGGUGGGCCCCUGAGUCCAGGUUCCCUGUGCCCUUGUCCGAGGGCCCCUCAACCCCUGCGCCCGAGCAGUGUCCUGGGUCCUCUCCCUCCGCCCUCCUGGCUGCAGAUGAGGCCCAGGCAGGAGAACUAGUCAUGGGUCCCGAAUAGGGCUGGCUGAGGACGGCAGGUCAGGCCCAGCCCCUCUCCUGGCGUGGGGAAAUGGCGGUGCGGGAGGGAGAGGCUGGCUCGGGAGCACCUGGCAGUUGGAGGCUGAGCCAGACCCCCACCCUCCAGCCUUCUCUGUGCUUCAGGGAGCCGUCCCCAGCCGCGGCUUCUCACCCAGCCCUGGCCACUGGCUGCCUGCUCAGAGCUUCCCUGUCUGAGGAAGGGAGGCUGCAGAGAACAGGCCUGCUCCCCUGCUGGAUGCACAGCCGAAAGGGACACCCUCUUCCAGACCAACCCAGGAGGUCCUUAACCAGCGCCCACAGGUACAAUCACACAGGGACACAGUUCUUUGAAAUUAAGAAGAGCAGACCUCUGACAGGGCUGAUGGACCUGGCCAAGGAAAUGACCAAAGAGGCUCUGCCAAUCAAAUGCCUGGAAGCCGUGAUCCUGGGAAUUUACCUCACCAACAGCAUGCCCACCCUGGAACGCUUCCCCAUCAGCUUCAAGACCUACUUCUCAGGGAACUACUUCCGCCACAUCGUGCUGGGGGUGAACUUCGGGGGCCGCUACGGGGCCCUGGGCAUGAGCCGGCGGGAGGACCUGAUGUACAAGCCGCCGGCCUUCCGCACGCUCAGCGAGCUGGUGCUGGACUACCAGGCCGCCUACGGUCGCUGCUGGCACGUGCUGAAGAAGGUGAAGCUGGGCCAGUGCGUGUCCCACGACCCGCACAGCGUGGAGCAGAUCGAGUGGAAGCACUCGGUCCUGGACGUGGAGAAGCUGGGCCGCGACGACUUCCGCAAGGAGCUGGAGCGCCAUGCCCGCGACAUGCGGCUCAAGAUUGGCAAAGGGACAGGCCCCCCCUCUCCCACCAAGGACCGGAAGAAGGAUGUGUCCUCCCCACAGCGGGCCCAGUCCAGCCCGCACCGCAGGAACAGCCGCAGCGAGAGACGGCCCUCGGGUGAGAAGAAGCCUUCGGAGCCCAAAGCCAUGCCAGACCUCAAUGGGUACCAGAUCCGGGUGUGAGGCUCAAGCGGCACCCCAGCCCCUGCUUCUGGGCUGAUCCACCUGCUGGAACUGGCCUUGCUCCAGGGAAGGGUGGGGGCAGGCUGCAGGCCGCAGGAAGGGUGCCUUGCGGCUCAGUCCCCCACUCUGCUGCCCCUGCCACUGAGCCAAGCCCUUAGCUUUGGGCCAAGAAGGCAGUUAGUAUUUUAUUUGGAGUCUCUGGCUCUACAACUGAUGUUUAAGGUAUUUAGGGAAAAAAGAGACAAAUGUGUGCUGGUGGCUGGAAAGGCGGCACGCAGGGACCUGGGGCCCUGGGCUGGGGGGGGACAGCUUGCUGGCUCUGCCAGUGACUCUGCCCGCAGUGGCUCUCUGGGAUCUGGGUGCCUCCUGGAGAUGGGAAAUUUCUCAGCCACCCCAAGCCUCGGGGUAGUUGGGAGGAUGGAGGUGUUUCUCCAGCUGGAACUGUCCUGGCGGACGCUUGACCCAGGGAAAGGGAAGCAGGGUAGAAUCACCCUGAGAAAGGUCUGUGCAGCCCGUAAGUCAGGAGCUGGGCGCAGGCCACAUCGGCCUCCGAGCAGGAGCUGAUGGCCUGGAAGACCCCUCAGGCCCUAGUGGCCCCACAAGCAGCACUCUGUGGGCCUGGGCUGAAGCCAGCGGGCCCGGCUGAAGAGACCCAGAAGUGGACCGAGGCUGGGUCUGCGUGCCCAGCCCAGCCUUGCCUGUUCCUGCAGCCUGGUGGGGGGCUCCCAGCAGAGGGUCUGGACUUCGUGGGGGGCCCAGAGUUGCACUGGGGUCUGCGUGGCUGUGGGGAUCGAGCAGACCUGGGUGCUUGUCCCGGAGCUGCGACUGAGCCUGGGAUGAUGGGCGGGACCUCAGGCCUGGGUCUUUCCCCUGGCUGUUCUGGGGGUGGCUCUGCUGUGUCCCCUAAUACUUCAGCCCUUCCUGGGGAAACCAAGAGCAGACCAGGAGAGCUGUGCCCCAGGCGCACCCCCUCCUUUAGCCGCCCCUUUAGGCUCCUGGGUCAUGGGGAAGGGGCCUGCCACUUCAGCAGUUCCUCGGGGCCCUGGCAGAGAAGAAGCCAGGCCCCUGGAGACGUCCACAUCCUGCCCAUCAUCCAUGAGACCUGGCAGGGAAGUGAGAGUAUGGGGAGAGAUUGGCAGGGUGGGGAGAAGGUUCUGGAAGUUCAAAGAAUAGGAGGCAAAGGGCAGUUUGACCACUGAGAAGGGACAGAGCCCAACACCUGGGGGUGUACGUGAGGAAGGGAUGUGGGAGGGAGUUUAGGAUAGACUGCCUUGGGGAGGAGUGAGCUCCCCACAGCACAGAUGACUUCUUGUCAGAAAGCUGGAGGGAGGAUUGGGUUAUAGAAGGACAACUUGAUGUGGUGAUUGGUAAGGUUUUACUGAGAGGCUGUGAGCCUGGUCAAGGGAGCAGAAGAACUAGAGUCGUAAACUCAAAUGUCCGUAAAGACCAGCAGGUGACAAAUGGGAAGGCUGUAGGGCUGUGUGGGGACUGUGGCACACUGAGGGCUGCUAUAGCUUAGCUGUCCUUACAGUACUGGCUCUAUGGGGCCAGAUUAUCUGUUUUAGAGACCAGAACCCCAAGUUCUGAGAAAUCUGAUUUUUAAAGGUUGGCAAAUCAGUUCAAGAAAUUUAAACUCCAGUACACGCAAAAGAGUGCAUUUGCCCCCGGAGUCAUGAGCUUGUGCUGGCAAGGAGUCCGCUGGGAUGCCUUGAAGUGGGACGUUCUGAGUUUUCGGAGGAGGAAUUUUUCUCCAGGGGAGGGUCCCAGCAGAGACACCUCCCCCGCCAGGCGAGCCACCUGAGUUCCUCCUUGCCCUCCCUGCAGACAGGCUGGACACCUGGGUAGGUUGCCCCGUCACCAGAGGGCCCAGAGUGGAAUAGAGACAGUUUGGCAACCAGCCUGCCAGGAGAUGGGCUGGUGCCUGGGAACAGAGAGGGCGGGAGGGAGGACGGGGAACUGCAGGGAAGGCCCCAGAGGCCACCGCUCAUCCAACCAGCGCUCAGGGUCCAGAGCCAGGCCUGACACACCCUCGGAGGCCAACUGGUCACUCCCGGCUGGGGAGCCUCACCAGAUUUCUCCUGGGGUCAGUGGACCCCAGAGAGGUGCCUAAUCUGCCCUCAGGCCACAGCCCUGGCCAGACCAGUGAAAGGGGCAUGGUGGUCCCUGGCUCACUGACCCGUCUCAGCUCUCAGGGAGUGGGGACUGUGGUCCCCAUGUUCCUCCACUCCCAAAUACAGAAAUGGCUCACCUUGGGUGAGUCCAAAACAAGGUCCUUUCUGGGUCUAGUUGUGGCUGCUUAUCAGCAGGGAAGAAGCCCUAGAUGCCUCUGGGAACUUCCCAGAAAUGACAGGGUAUAGGGGAAGAGAUGUGAGAGGGAGCUGGGAGCUGGAGUCAGGUAGAUGCAGAAGCUGCUGCUGGUCCCUAGGACACUCUGACCCACAGGCUCUUUCCUGGAAAUGCUUGGGGAGAAGGGAGCAGAAUGGAACCUAUCCCAGCUUGCUCUCUGCUGAUGCCCACCUGCAAUCCCUGGCACUUACCCGCCUGAGCUGAGACCUCAGGCCUGUGGAGACUGCCACAGGACCACAGGACACAGUGGUGCUUUUUAAUUUAUUUUUAACUGUUUCCCAUAUGUAGCAACCCCUCCUCCCCCCGGGCUGUUUACACAGGCUGUGCUCUCUGGGGCUGGCCUGGCUGUGAGGUUUCUGGGGAGGCAGAGAGGCAGGGACUUUGGGGCCUUAGUCACCAUCCAUGGUGUCACCUCAUCUCACUGCCUGUGAGGGACAGGGGCCUGGCUGACGUGACCCCAGCUCCUCUGCCCUGGUGCAGACUGCUGGCUGAGGAGGGGUCGUGGUGAAGUCAGAGAAAGCCGCUUGGUGGAGGUGGCCUGGGGUAGGGGUGGUUGCAGGGUCUCCCCAAAGCCUUGCUCCAGGGCGGGAACACUAGGAAACUGGCUUCAGAGAGCGUUCCUGUCCACCUGGCUGCCGGUCCUCUCCCUCUGUGGCCUCACCACAUUCUCAUACCCCCUCACCUGUCACAGCAGCCCAUCUUCACGUGGGCGUGGCCAGGCCCGCGCAGCAGCCCUCUGGCCACGGGAUGAGAUGAUACAGCCUAGGGCCAGGGUACUGCUGUGCAGAAAGAACCGACCGGUGGCCGCCGUCAUCUCCUGCCCCCAGCCGUACAGCGAGGUCCUGGCUCUGGGCCCGUGUGCAGGAAGGUCGCAGGCCCAGCCCCCGCUGCCCCGGCCUGGAGCGCAGGGUGUGCGCGGCCGGCUGUGAAUGGGCUGAGGGCAGGAGACGCCUUUGAGGAGCGGGCGUGGGUGGGCGUGUGCGCCUCCAGGGACCACAGCCUCCCUCCAGUCUCCCGGCCAGGCAGGGCUGCCAUGGUGCUAGCUGCAAGCCCACUGGGGUCACCCUCUCACCCUCGUUGGUGCCCCAGGGUCCCCCUUUUGACUCAAGGCUGAUGAAAGGAGAGCCGGGUGUGCCUGGCCCGGGCCCUGUGAUGAUGCCUGCCACCCGGCCGUUUGGCGGCGCGUGGUCGUCCUGUCGUCCUUCCUGUGCCGUCAGUAUCGCCUCCCUUCCACCUCGACACCUCUCAUUCUGUUCUCACUUUCCCCCGAGACAAAUAAAGUCUCCCCAGCUCGUUGUGUGGGCUGGGCAGA